CUUCAUCUCUGUUAAGGUUCGGAAAACAAGUUAAAUCAUAAGUCAUUUCUUUUCUCUUUUUGUGAAAAUCAUCAUCACAUGGCUGAACCAAAGAAGAUAAUUAUUGAUACCGACCCUGGCAUCGAUGAUGCUAUGGCAAUAUUUCUUGCCCUCCAAUCACCAGAGGUAGAAGUAAUUGGUCUUACAACUAUUUAUGGAAAUGUUUACACCACCCUGGCAACCAGAAAUGCCUUGCAUUUGUUGGAGGUUGCAGGAAGAACUGAUAUACCAGUGGUUGAAGGAUCUCAUGUGACAUUAACUAAUGGAACAAAACUUCGUAUUGCAGAUUUUGUCCAUGGUGCAGAUGGACUUGGUAACCAAAAUUUUCCUCCACCAAAGGGAAAGCCCCUUGAAGAAUCAGCUGCUGCUUUUUUGGUUCAUCAAGCAAAAGCUAACCCUGGCAAAGUCACAGUGGUGGCAUUGGGGCCGCUUACAAAUAUUGCUUUGGCUAUACAGCUAGACCCAGAAUUUGUUAAAAACAUUGGGCAGAUUGUUCUACUUGGUGGUGCUUUUGCAGUAAAUGGCAAUGUGAAUCCAGCCUCUGAAGCCAAUAUAUUUGGUGAUCCAGAUGCUGCAGAUGUUGUAUUCACAAGUGGGGCAGAUGUACUAGCAGUGGGUAUAAAUGUUACACAUCAAGUUGUGUUGACAGGUUCUGAUCGAGAAAAGUUGGCAAGUUCAAAUGGAAAAUUUGCUCAAUACUUGACCAAAAUCUUAGAGGUGUAUUUCUCUUACCAUCAUGACGCAUACAAUAUCAAAGGGGUUUACCUUCAUGACCCAGCAGCCAUUCUUGCAGCUAUUGAUCCUUCACUUGUAACUUGCAUGGAGGGUGCUGUUAGAGUCCAAACCAGUGGCAUUACAAGAGGACUCACAAUACUCUACAACAAACAAAAAAGGUUUGGUGAAAUCACUGAAUGGUCCAAUAAGCCAACAGUAAAGGUAGCUGUGACAGUUGAUGCUCCUAGAGUUGUCAAAUUGGUCAUGGAUCGUCUUAUGAACUCUUGAAAUAGCCACGAUGCCGAUAAAAUGGCACCAUUAAUUAUUGUCUAUCUACUUGCAUCUGGUUUGUAAGCUGAAAAUUAUGCUCACUUAAAAACUGCUUUGUUCAUACUUCAUGUUACAUUUGUGUUUUAAAGUUCUUGUGCACUACUUUUUAUUUUACAUUUGAUUUCAAUUUUAAUGAGAGGAAAAACUGUA